CAGUGGCCGGUCAUUCUGUCUCACGUGUAGUUCAGUCGAACUGUUCAUUUUGAACGCACCGAACGUGUGUAGUUCUCGCCAGAGCUCUCAACCAAAUAAGCACUUGCUUCUAGCUGUUACUUCAAAAUGUCAGUACAAGAAGAAAAGCCAGCGAGUGAGCUGAAAAUUGGAGAGAAGAUAAUUGAAGGCAAGACCAAGAUUGUGUAUGCCCUCCCUGACUCYCCUGAUGCCAAUCAUGUCCUCCUCAAAUCCAAGGAUAAGAUUACGGCUUUUGAUGCAACACGAAAGAAUGAUAUGUCAGGCAAGGCAGCAUUCAGUACUGCUACAACUAGUGCCAUCUUUGAACUGCUUAACACUUGUGGCAUCAAGACUCAUUUCAUCAAAAGAGAAGCCUCAGAUCCAGAAGCUUUCAUUGGCAUGCGAUGCGAGAUGAUUCCUCUAGAAGUUGUUACACGUAGAAUUGCAACAGGUUCAUUUUUGAAGAGAUAUCCUGGUGUCAAGGAGGGAUAUCGGUUUACACCAGUUAAACUAGAGUUUUUCCUCAAAGAUGAUGAGCAGCAUGACCCCUACUGGACCUAUGAAGAAUGCGUUGAAGCAGGAUURGUGAUUGGAGGAAGAAAAAUUGGCAAAUCAGAACUAGACUUUAUAGGAGACACUGCUGUGGCAACCUUUGAAAUCCUAGAAAAGGCCUUGGCGACCAUGAACAUUUCCCUGGUUGACAUGAAAAUUGAAUUUGGUGUGAACUCCAAGACUGGUGAGAUCUUCCUUGCUGAUGUUGUUGACAAUGAUUCGUGGCGUAUCUGGCCGGCAGGUGACAAGAGACUUCAGCGAGACAAGCAGUUCUAUCGUGACCUCCCAGAGGUGACGCCUGAAGCUUUAGAGCAGGUCAAGAAGAACUAUGCUUGGGUUGCAAAGGAAAUCCAAAAGAUAAACAAGCACCAACCAGGUCAUGUUGUCAUCUUCAUGGGAUCUCCAAGUGACUUGGACCACUGCAAGAAGAUUGAAGCAGCUCUGAAAACCUUCAACCUAUCCUGUGACCUUCGCAUCUGCUCUGCUCACAAGGGAACAGAGGAUGCCCURAAAGUUCUUAAAGUUUAUGAAGGUCAAGGAGAGCCAGUUGUUAUUAUUGCUGUAGCUGGACGUAGCAAUGGUCUUGGUCCUGUCCUAUCUGGUAACAGCUCUUUUCCAGUCAUAAACUGCCCACCAGUGUCAGGUCAAUGGGGUGCUGAAGAUAUAUGGUCUUCUAUGCGUUUACCGUCUGGGUUAGGAUGUACAACAGCAAUAAAUCCUGAUGGUGCUGCKGCUGCAGCUGCUCAAAUCUUGGCUCUUCAUGACCAUAUAGUGUGGGGAAGUCUUCGUGCAAAGAGGCUCAACAUGGCUGCUAGUCUACGUGAAGCUGAUGCUAAACUUAGAGGCUAAACUUCGUAGACUUAAUAAUGACUGAUAAGAGUGUUUAAGCAUUUGACAUUGCAAGUCAAUAAAUCAUUUGUGAUU